AUGAAUAUUACUUCUCCUAUAAAUGUGUCGAUUACGUUUGUGUCUUGUAGGUAUCCUGGUGUCUGUGUUUGGACUAUAGAUGGUAUUGAUGUUGGUGUAAAUGUUGUAGUUAUGUUCUUUAUAUUACUUCCUCUUGGUAUCAAUGCUACUUUUCCUAAUAUUACUAAUAUUGUAGUUAUUCCUCCAAAUACUUCUAAGACUGUUGUUGUAGUUGAUUAUCAAUCGGUAUUUGUUGUAAUGGUCUUGGUAUAUUUGGCCUUUGAUAUUGUAUAUAAGUUAAAGGGUGCAAUAGGUCUUAGUGGUGGUCUUUGA